AAAUUUUUUGUCAAUCGCUGUUUUAGCCAACCUCAAGUACGUGGAGCCGAAUUUCCACAUCGAGCGAAAUUCGCGGCCUUUAGUGAGGAGAAGGGCGAUGAAUUGGUGGUCUAUGAAUGGGUUCUUCCUCUCUCCUCAAAACUCUCCAUGGAGGAAUUGCGCAAUGGCAUCGUCUCUCAAUUGAAACAUCUCUCCAAGCUCGAUCUGGAUUCCACUCUGGUGCCUGUUCGAGCUUUCAGCCUGGAUGAACUAACUACUGAGGACGUUAUUUCGUAUAUGUCUGUUGCCCUUUCUCUUACGAAAGAACUGGAUCGAACUGUUUCAAAUCACAAUCGUGUAAAAAUUUCGCCAGUAGUGGUACAAAUGAAGGCAAGAUGCACUCUGAUUCCUGUGCCUUCAAGAGUUCAGCAUACGGGACCCGACUCUGAGAGCAUGGGUCUCACAUUGGCCACCUAGGACUCUGGACACUGGUGCAUUAUGCGUGUGGUUAGCGACCUUCCCAAAGGCACCUCCAUCUCCUCAUUCAUCCGUCCACCUCGACCAGAUGGAAUUCCGCCUUCGAGUCUGGAGACACCAUCAGAGGCAUCUGCUGAGGAUAUGGAACGCAUCCGAAUGAUUGCACACUCUGUUCUCCAAGCACUCGCCUGGCUCAAUCAUCACAGCAUGAACCACCGUGAUUUACAGCCCGGAAAUAUCUUUAUAGAUGACAAAUGCAAAGUCACCGUGGCGGAAUACGAAUUCCAUGCCCGUCUGGACGCUUAUCUGGCCGAUUACAAUUGGAUUCACAAGUCCUCUUCCACCAUCACCGUUCCUGCUCCUCCCAGUAGAGUCAACCGAACCCAUCGCAAGGAUCUUUACAGCCUCGGUCAAAUCCUGCUCUACCUGGCAACUAAAACACCUCCUGCAAAUAUAUAUUCUCACGGCGAAGUUGCCAUCUCUUCAGCAGUGAACCGCCUUCUAGUUUAUGCUCCGGCAUUCAAAGAUUUCUUGAACAAAUGUCUUUCCAACGAUUGUGCAGUGUCAGCCAAACAGCUGAUAAAACAUCCAUUCAUUACAGACUCCAUCUGUCAUGAUCCUAAACUUAGAAAUGGGCAGAAUCAUGACAAUGGUUCCGAUAUUAAUAUGCUAUCCGCUUCUUCAAAGGACGGCCAUUUCCGUUCGCGAUUACUGACUGACUUCGAUGGUUUCUCGGUCAUUGGUCAAGGAGGUUUUGGUUUUGUACUAAGAUCCCGAAGCAUUCUGGAAAAUCAAGAAUACGCCAUCAAAUGUGUACAUAUUCGCAAGUCCGAGGCGGAAGGUCUUUUGCGUGAAGUUCGGACACUGGCCAGUCUCCAGCAUGAUAAUAUUGUUCGAUACUUUACUUCUUGGCGCGAUGCUCUUCCAAAAUCCUUCACUACACGCAUUAAGGGCUCUUAUCUUAAUGGUGUCAAUGGCAGUAAGGAACCGACCACCACUGUUGAUGAAUCUGGUGAUGAUGCCGAAGGCGGCGAUAAAGCUGUUAGCCGUUCCUAUUUAAUUUCCUUCGCAUUUGUUGAAGAUGGGAUAGAAUUUGAAGACAUACUAGAGGAGGAUGAAGAAUAUGAUGACGAGAUCAGUGACGAGGAGGAAGAAGAAGACGAGGAAAGCGUUGGCAACGACCCCUUCGAUCGCAUUGAACGAGACCUUUUAAGGCGCUAUCAAAGACGCUCAGCUGCUGCUUCUGUGAGGAAGAAAAGUGUUCCAACCUUUACAUUGGGCGAGGAUGAUGGCAGUGAUGCUGGUAGUGAAGGUGAUGAUGAUGAUGCGGAGGGAAGCGAUGGUGAAUCUGAAAGCAGCGAUGAUAUCUGGAUGAGCGGCUUUCAUGAAAGAUCGGACAAAGAUGUUACAUGGUCGAGUAGUUCGGGAGAUGUCACUUCGAUUUCCUCUCUUCCUCCCUUUACUAGCACUGCUCGGGCGGACAUGCAGAGGCGAAAGAGUCGCGAGAGCGAAACAGAGAAUAGGGAAACCGAUUCCAAAGAUACUGAAGAUGACUUGGUAUGUGUCGCUUUNAUGUCUGCGAAAGCUUCUUGUGCUUGGAAGGAGUAUUCAGCAUUCAAACACGGCCAUCGCAGUAGUAAACUCGAUCGUUCAUACGGUUCCAACCUGGGAGCGAUUCUUGAAAAUCCCGAUGAAGGCUCAAAUCCCACACUUGAUCCCUCGUCAUCAAAUACAAAUAUACAUUCUUUGACGGCUUCUCAUCUCAACACCAUGACUAGUAAUGUGGGUACUUAUAUCUACAUGAGUCCAGAGAUUUCCAAGACCUCAAAGGGCAAGAAUCGGCGUCUUGUGUACGACGAGGUUUGUGGCUUCUGUCUAAUGUUUAAUUCCCUUCCCUCUUCUUCAGAUCUAAUGAUGAAUCAUUGCUUGCAGAAAGUUGAUAUAUACAGCCUGGGCAUAGUGCUGUUUGAGAUGUUCUAUCGUCGAACAAGCACUGGAAUGGAGCGUGCCAAUAUAUUUGAUGACCUUCGAAAGGCGAAGAUAAUUUUUCCACCUGAUUGGAAUGCCAAGGCUAUGCCUAAUCAAACUUAUCUGAUUAGAGCCCUUCUUCAGCAUGAUCCUACUCUUCGACCAUCGGCUUCUGAUAUUCUCGCUUCUUCGCGUAUUCCACCUUUGGAGUCAACUGAAUCGGCCUUUCGACAGCAAGUUCUCGGUGUACUAAAGGAUAAAAAUAAUAAACUCUUUCGUUUCAUCACAAAUAAUCUCCUUACUGCGACCUGUUCCCAAGCUGAUGAUUACCUUUAUGAUCGGUCAAAAAGUAUUCUCACACAUACCCCACCUCUACAACUUCCCUACAUCAUAAAUUCCCAAACCGAGUCCGAAGCAGACAUUCAGACCCGUCUUCGCGACUUCUCGCGUUACCAACUUUUCGAACGUUAUGUUGUCCAACACCUGGAGUCAGUUUUCACCGCCCACUGUGCACUUCCGGUUCACCCACCCACCUUGAUCCCGGUUAGCAAAUUUUCCACAACAUCAUGGGUUCGAUCCUCUUCUCUCACCAGCGGUGCCCUGGCUUUCGGAUCAUUUUGCAACACUUCUGGAGAUUCAACAGAUGGCAACCAAUUAUCUGGUGCUCGAAAUACGGUUGGCGGUCCGGUGCUCAUCUCUUCAGCAGGUGUUCCAGUCUCCUUACCAGAUGCCCUGCAUUUGGGAGUAGCAAGAUUUCUUGCUAAUACUGGAGUCGUUCCUCACGCAAAUAGGGAAAUUCGGACAUAUCAGAUUGGUAGAGUGUAUAGACCAUGGCCGGGUGCUAAUCCUCUGCAAGCAGUCGACGGACCAGUUGAAAUGAAGAACGGAAGUUUUAAUAUUCUUGCGGAGAGUUUUCAGCCUGAGCUCUUCGUAGAGAUGUUCCAAAUUCUCACUGAGGUCACUUCGAAACUCCCAUUUGACGGAAUGACCUACGUGCUGUAUCUCAAUCAUACCAGCCUGCCCGAGUACAUCUUUGAUGUGCUCUCCGUUCCACUCGACCUUCGCCCUCGUUUGUGGAGGAAGCUGGCAGAAGCCUGUGAAUUUCCAGAAGCCCUUGUUCUUCAGUGUCCUUUACCAGGGGGGCCCGCCUUUCGACGUCAUGUCUUGUUUCCUGACCUCCUUCUCCAGACCUCCCUCAAGCAGCGAGACGGCCAAUCAAGACGCUCUGGUGCUAAUAGUUGCAUACAGCGUCAUCUGCCUCGACUGCUGAAAUUCGAGACGACAAAGUUAGCAGAUUUGAUCAAGGUCCUAGUGGAUGUUCAGACCGGGUCGCAUCACGAAGAGAGUUUAAUGACUAGACGGGAAGCCAGUGUUAAACAAAAGUGCCAGAAACUCAAAGCUAUAGCGGAAUGUAUUACCAAAUGGGAGGGCCUUCCUUCUCUAAAGAUUGUAUUCGCUCCGGGUCUAUUGCUGCCCUGCCAUCUCUACCAAGGCGUGGUUUACCAACUCGUUUGCUAUUCACCUUCCCUCGGCGAUUUUUCUCGUCUUCUAACCGACGAAAUGCUUGCUGUGUCUCAAUUGGACACCUCUAGAGCCAAACUGCUAGUUCUUGCGUCUGGUGGCGAGUAUCCCCAUCUUCUGGAUCGAUUCAGACCUCCUAAGGAGUUUCUACAAAUUGAGCCCAAAUCUCUUGGAUCAGCACAAGAAAAUUCCAGUGAUAGCUCUGAUUCACAUACAUCUUCUACCUCCACUGUUCAGAGCCGAAGAGGUUCAAUUAAUAUCUCUUCAACGAUAGAUGCCAUCCAAUCUCCAGAGGGUUCGUGCUCUGUAAUCGGCGUCGAAAUAUCUGUUAACCGGUUGGCUAAGCUGCUUUUCUAUGCCUCGGAAAAGCACACACUUCCUUAUCCUCGAAUGUUGACUGUGCCAUUCCUGCUGUCUACCUCACUAUGCCACGUAGUAGUAACCUGGGAGUGUCGGAAGCGCGUUCCAAGCAUCAACGCAAUUGAGAGUAUCAUUGCACGCAACUCCCGUGUCUCUAAAUCUCAACCUCAGAAGGUGGAAUCCUUCCCUGGGACCACCGAUCAUCCUCCUACUUUCCCCAUGGGGAUGGAACUCUCCAAUUAUGGUCUUCCCGAUCACAUUGUUGUAUGGGACACGAGUAUCUACUCCCUGGCGCUUCGAAGGGCCAUUCAACUCACUCGCAGAUUGUGGACAGCUCCUAAUUGCGGUGUAUCUACUAGGUUGGUGUUCUCCAAGACUUCUGAUCCUUUUGAUAUCGGCAUUGAACUGGGAGCCGCUUUCGUUGUUCGUGUCUGCCUGGCUACUGGUAUUUCAAAAAAAUACCAUAUUGGUGCUCUCACUUACAAACUCUGGGAUCUAACUGACAACCGUCCAACCGGUGGUUCAAACAAUUUUACAGAUCCCACUGCAGUGAUUUCCAGAAUUACAGGUCGUCUGACUGGAAGGCAGAGUUUCUCACUAAAUUCGGCCACUUCUAAUGGAUUUGAGAAACCAGCGUCCGGUGAUUGGGAUAAUUUCUCGUUUUCAUCUGCCAUACCUCCAUCUUCAUGUAUGGUUUCGUCAUCGGCGUCUGCAAUGGUUAGUGGAGAGGAAAAUGGUGGAGAUGAAAGGCGCGAUUCCUGGGCAAGGUCUCUUAGGUGGGCACCUGUUAUUGCAUGCUGCGUUUGUCUAACAUGGUGCGUAGUAAAUAUGAACAACUGCGGUUGCGACAUGUUUGUUUAUGCACCAUACUUACAAUCCAAAUUUCAUGGGAAUUCUGUUGGCUCUACAUUAAUAUCUGGUGAUUAUCUCCCAUCGUGGGCGGAGAUUAAAGUUAAGAUAAGACCCUCGUUUGUAUCGCUCAUUCUAUAUCUUAUUACCGGUCAUCUAUUUGGUGGUCUUUCAUCAUUUUUCUUUUUUAGCGGUUUAUUUGCUGCUCUUCAUAUAUGUCUUUCAAUUAUACUUAUUUACAUGUGGCUUUAUACGACAGUUGGUGAAGGUAAGGCUGCUUUGGUUCAAUUAUAUUUUUCUGCAGUAACCGUACUGAUGAGCAGAGCUCUAGGCGUUCAGUGUUCUUGUCGAUAUUUGUGUGGUCGGUGGUGCCGUAGUCCGCUUAUUCCAAUUAAUCGAAUACGUGCUGUUCACCUUCUUGAUCGAGUUACAAAUGCUUCAGUUAGUCCUCACGUCUUUAUGGAACUCCGACGUUCUUCAAUCCAGCCUCUAAAAAUAGAGGCUAAAUCUGCUCCUACGUCACAUGGAAGCAAGAUGCUCUUUGAUUCUCACGUACCUGCUAGUUCAGCUUCUUGUUUCAUAAAGUCUGCCUCUGCAUUUACGGACGAUACUGUUAAUGAAUUGCUAAAAUUGCAACCACUGUUUAGUGUACCUGCGGAUGACAACGAUGUUCCCUCUCCGCUUUGUUGCUUGCCUUUACAGUCAUUGGUUACGGUUUACAGACUUGCUCAAGUGGUACUCUUUCGUGAGGCAGUUCCUUGCGCCUUUUGA